CUGAGAGAUAUCAGCCAAUAACAGGUUGAUAAUGGUCCCCUCCCUGUACUGAUACCCGUCCUGGGGUUCAGCUGGCCGUAUUAGGUUGUGUGUCACUCCUAGUUACAGUAGCACAGAUAUGAUAACACAGAUUGAGCCUCUCUUAGAUUGAUCCUUCUUCUUCUAGCAGUAAGCCUAUGGUCACUUGUUCUAUGGUAAAGGGUCUUCAAGUCUGAACUUUGCACCUAUUGUCUAUCAGAGAUCACAUAACCCAGUGCCUAGACUUGUGUUGUGUAAAGAGCACGCCCCUCCCAGUCUCUAUUGGUUCCCGCUCUUCUGACAAGGCUGUGUAAAUGUAGAAGUGAUCUGGGAGGAGGACCAAAGGUUCUUUGAUGGGGGAAGAGUGCCAGCUGGUUGGGACCUCCACAGAGAACAUCUCCUCACUCAUAUCUACCUGAUCCAGAUGGAAGUGAACUAACCCUCUCAUAUCUAUUGAUGAUGUUUUUCUAUUUUUCCAGGACACGCCAUGGAGAAACCCUCAAUGGAUCGUCUCACUUUAUCUCCAGGUUGUAAAAUGGAAGAUGAGGACAUCACAGGAGAUUGUGGAGGAGAAAAGACAAUGAGCUCCACUAUGGAUGGAGGACUUCACCGUGUGGAUAGACCAUGGAAUCCUUCUGACUCUGAGCACCCUCGUACUGUGAGGGGUGGGGCCGGGAUUCAGGGGGAGGGGAAAGCUUCCUUUCCUGAAUGUGAGGAAAGUUCUAGCUCUGAAUUACGUUUUUUUAAGCAUCAGAGAUCUCACACAGGGGAGAGACCGUAUUCCUGUCCUGAGUGCGGGAAAUUUUUUAAGCAGAAAGCAACACUUGCCAUACAUCAAAAAUCCCACACAGGUGAGAAGCCGUUUUCCUGCUCUGAGUGCGGGAAAUGUUUUACAUUGAAAUAUGAACUUGUCAGACAUCAAAUAACUCACACAGGGGAGAGACCGUAUUCCUGUUCUGAGUGCGAGAAAUGUUAUCAGUGGAAAUCAGAACUGGUCAGACAUCAAAGAACUCACAGAGGGGAGAAGCCGUAUACCUGCUCUGAGUGCGGGAAAUGUUAUCUACAGAAAGCAGAACUUGACAAACAUCAAACUUCUCACACAGGGGAGAGACCGUUUUCCUGUCCUGAGUGCGGGAAGUCUUAUCCGCUGAAAUCAACACUUGGCAGACAUCUAAAAACCCACACCGGUGAGAAGCCGUAUUCCUGUUCUGAGUGCGGGAAAUGUUUUGCAGAAAAAUCCUAUCUUUACCUCCAUCAUAGAACUCACACAGGGGAAAAGAAGUAUACCUGCUCUGAGUGCGGGAAAUGUUAUGACCGGAAAUCAGAACUUGUCAUACAUCAAAGAUCUCACACAGGGGAGAAGCCGUAUUCUUGUCCUGAGUGCGGGAAAUGUUUUGCAGAAAAAUCCUAUCUUUACGUCCAUCAUAGAACUCACACAGGGGAAAAGAAGUAUACCUGCUCUGAGUGCGGGAAAUGUUAUAACCGGAAAUCAGAACUUGUCAGACAUCAAAGAUCUCACACAGGGGAAAAGAAGUAUACCUGCUCUGAGUGCGGAAAAUGUUAUGACCGGAAAUCAGAACUUGACAGACAUCAAAUUUUUCACACAGGGGAGAGACCGUAUUCUUGUCCUGAGUGCGGGAAGUCUUAUCUGCGGAAAAUAACACUUGUCAGACAUCAAAGAUCUCACACAGGGGAGAAGUCGUUUACCUGCUCUGAGUGCGGGAAAUGUUAUGACCGGAAAACAGAUCUUGAUAGACAUCAAACUUCUCACACAGGGGUGAGACCGUAUUCCUGUCCUGAGUGCGGGAAGUCUUAUCCGCUGAAAAUAACUCUUGUCAGACAUCUAAAAAUCCACACCGGUGAGAAGCCGUAUUCCUGUUCUGAGUGCGGGAAAUGUUUCGCAGAGAAGUCCCAUCUUUACCGCCAUCAUAAAUCUCACACUGGGAAAAAGAAAUAAUAAUAAAGAUGAAAAAAGUAAUUCUUCCUUGUGUGCGGGAAAAGUUCCACUGAAAUCAGAACUUGUCACACAUCAAAGAUUUUACAUGGGUGAGAAUCCGUAUUCCUGUCCCCGGUGUGGGAAGUGUUAUCCACAUAAAUCAACACUUGUCCGACAAUAAAAAUUCCAUAAGGGUGAGAAGCCGUAUUCCUGUCCUGAGUGCGGGAAAUAUUGUCAUUGGAGAUCACAGAUUCUUCUACAUGAAUCAGAGAAUUCACACAAGCAGAUGACCCAUUCCUGCAGAAAGGGUGGAAUUUUUUUUUCACAGAAGUCCACUCUUUACUGACAUCAGAGGAGCAUU